ACUCAACUCAACACUUAGAAAAUUUAUUUCGCAAAAUUGCGUGUGUACUCGUGGUUUUUGGUGACGGAAUUGAAAUUUUCUCUCAGUUUUAAAUCUUGAAAGAUGCAAAUAUUUUUGAGAAGUCAAGAUACACAUUCACUGCAAGUGAAUGAAGGAACAAUUUCUUCUUUAAAAUCAUACAUAGAAGAAGUUGAAGGUAUUUCUUCAGAAGAACAACUGCUCUACUAUGGUGGUAUUCCUUUGGAUGAUGACCUAAAUAUUGCAGACUGCUUGCAAGAUGGUGCAACUGUUGAUAUUUCUGUAGGACUGAAAGGAGGCAAAGUUCAUGGUUCCCUUGCUCGUGCUGGUAAAGUAAAAGGACAAACACCUAAAGUUGAAAAACAGGAAAAAAAGAAAAAGAAGACUGGUCGUGCUAAGCGUAGGAUGCAAUUCAAUAGGAGAUUUGUAAAUGUUGUUGUUACUUUUGGAAGGAAAAAAGGACCUAAUUCUAACUCCUAAAUGAAUUGCUUGUGGAUGCUUUGUACAUUUCUAAAUAAAUUUUUUGUCAUCCACUGUUAA